AUGCGUCAAACUCUCGACCGUGGCAAAGAGACCUACUCCCCUCACCUGCUCACCUUGCUUGAGAGCCGACUUGAACAAUGCCAAAACUCCCUGGAUCGACUACUGAAAGGCCUCGAACCCCUCGCCCCGGAACUUGCACCCGUGCACGAAACCCUGGUGUCCAUCCUGCGAUCCACUUCUGCCGCAAACACCCGCUCCAAGUUUUCGGCCUCCGAAGUCCGGGAGCUCCAGGAACGAUUGAAGGAGAUCGAAACUCACAUGAAGGAUGGCAACUUCGUAGGCCCUGAUGGUCAGGUACUACGGGGCCAGGAGGUAGUAAAGGGCCUGCUGGAGCGAUGCUGGCGGUGGACCGAACUGGUGCUGGAACGAAAAGGUCAGAUCGAUGAGCGAUUCAAAGAGCCAUACGAUCGACUGGUCGACAUUCGCAAUCAGCUAGAGCGACUGUCCAUGACCCAGGCUUGGUCCCUGCGCGAAACCGAUCUUUUCCAGUACCAGCGCAAGCUGGAUCGGAUCGACGAGGCCCGCGUGAACGGCAACUUCAUCGAUGCUGAGGGGCAACCAGCGGAUAUCCAUGCGCAGCGGACCCUACUCUAUCUGAUCCGACGCAGCUAUGCCUACAUUUACGCCCUUCUGAUCUCUUCAGAGCCGGUGUCUGAAGCGCUUCUGCCGAUCUAUAACCAACUCCAGACUUUGCGACGCUGCUUGAUCGAGGUGAAGGAAUCGGGCGGUGUCUCGAACGUGCGAGAGCUGUAUCCGUACAGCAUGAAGCUCAAUUCAAUUGAUAACAUGCGCGUCGAUGGGAAAUUUAUGGUAGGCAACGAUAUCCCGGAGGGCCAGGCCAGCGUCAAUGCGCUGUUGGCGGAGUGCUACGACCUCGCCUACGAGCUACGAGCGGCGGUCCCCGAUGAGGACAAAGAGACCGAGAAAGAAACCGACAAGGAAACAGACAAAGAAACCGAGAAAGGAGACUGA